AUGUCAGUUGUCACCCCAAAGUCUUUCUUCAGCACAUAUGCUCAGCUUAUAUCUCUAUCUUCUGAUGUUUCCCAGGAGUCAUUCUAUGGUACAGAAGAUUAUGCUAAGUUAGAGUCCUUAGGUCCUUCUUUGCCCAAACUCGCAUUUCCUCUUCCACAAGCAAAAGAUGGUACCGAAGAGAAGAUGGAAACUGUUCCUGUUGCCAUAAAAUCGAUCAAGCCUCCAAUCAAGUUUGCUGUUUCGCUAAAUGGAGUCACUCCCUCACAAUCGAUUUACAAGAUCAAGACACAAUUGGUUGAAGACGUCCCAGACUUGAAGAACGCUGGCGUUUCUCCAGCAAAUAUUAAAUUAAUGAUCAAAGGGAAAGUGUUAACUGACUCUACACUCAUUUCUGCCGUGUCUGCAAAUCAUGAAGAGCUUUCAAUGAUUGCCAUGGUAUCUGCGCCUUCCAAAUCGGGUGAGAAACAGGAAGAACAACCAGUAGCUGCCGAAACUCCUUCUCGUGAGGUACGCUCUGCAACCUGGAGCAAGAUUUAUGAUUUGUUAGUUGGGGAUCUCGGAGAAGAUCUUGCCGAAUCGACAUUGAAAAGAUUUAAAGCUACUACACAUAAUUAG